AUGAUUUUCUGCAGACCCUUUUUGCCAACUGUUUCCGCCAUCAUUCUUGUACUCCUUAAUCUGUUGUUUCUACAAUAUAUCAAUGCAGCUUCCAUACCUACAAAUGAAACAGAUAAACUUGCAAUGUGGGCUGGAGUAACGUGUGGGCAAAAACAUGAUAGCAUUACGAAUUCGGAUCUCAAAGGGAAAAAAUUGGGAGGAACCAUUGGCCUUCAAAUUCGAAACUUUUCAUUUCUUUACCGUCUUGACCUUUCUAACAACUACUUUCGUGGUGGCAUUCCCCCAGAACUUGGCAGCCUUAGAAGACUUCAAAUCUUGAGCAGUAGCAAUGAUUUACUGCAAGGACAAGUUCCAGCUAGAUUGUCACGAUGUUCAAACCUAGUGAGUAUUGUGCUGGGAAAGAGCUCUGUCAUAGGAAAGAUUCCAACUGAAAUAGGAUCGCUCCAAAAGCUUUUGAAACUCAAUCUCAGAAGCAACAAUCUUACACGUACUACACCAGCUUCUAUUGGAAAUCUUACAUCUCUUCAAUGGAAUCAUACCGCAUUGCAAGUGCUUGUCCUUCUAGAUUUGAAAAACAACAAUCUAAGUGGUACCACAGACUCAAUUAUGGAUAUCUCAUCCCUAGUGGGCUUCAAAGCAUCUUGCAAUUCCUUCACAGAUCUCUCCGGAAAUAACCUGUCAGGUAAAAUUCCAAGGUACUUGGCAAAUGUUUCCACUUUAAUUCAAUUGAAUCUUUCAUUCAACAAUCUAGAGGGAGAGCUGCCUGUGAAAGGAGUGUUUUCAAAUCUAAGUGCAAUAGAUAUUACUCGGAAUCCAAAGGUCUGUGGAGGGAUCCUACAGUUGAAUUUGCCAAAAUGUAAGGUGCAAGGAGCUCAAAACGCACACUGGAAGCAAGCAAUUUCACUGAAGUUAGUAAUGAAAAGCCCUAAUUUAUCAUCUCAUUCCAUGCAAUUCUACCCUGAGAUUUCAUAUGACGAGUUCCUCAAAGCGACUGGUGGAUUCUCCUCAGAAAACUUGAAAGGUUCAGAUGCUUUUGCGACUGUUUUUAAAGGCACUCUCGGUUCAGAUGAAUCAAUAGUUGUGGUUAAAUUAUUAAGCCUCUGA